UACAUAAUUGGAAAUAUUAAAGCACGUUUGAACGUAUAUUCUAUUGAAAAAAAUAUAUUUCCUGAAAAAUUGAAUUUGUAAAAUCACAGCAGUUUUAAAAAUAUUUUUCAUUAUCUUAUAUUUACAUCAGAAGACCAUCUAUACUGACAUUCUCCAAUAGCAGACAUAAACAGGACAAAAAAGUAAUACCCUUGGAUUUUUUUUAGAAAAAGAAUCUCGUCUUUUACGACAACCGUAAGUGGAACAAACUUGAGAACGACUUUGAGGAAAUGUGAACAGCAUUCAUAUGUCAGAUACACUUGCUGAGAUUAUUAGUUUGGCGAUUAAAACCUCUCAAGUCUUAACAUAAACAUUAUAAAAAACACAACGUUAACAGAUAGAAAGAAACGUUUGAAAUGUGGAAGAUAUGUGAACAUUGAUGACAGCUGAAUUGCAGUUUAAUGGUUUUUGAGGAGAUAAAAGUGUAAAUUUUGGAAUUCAUUUAUAAAAGAGUUUUCUCUGAUGUUUUUAAGAGAAGAGGCUUGGACAAGCGUAAAGUAAGUUUUAUUUAAUUGUGAUAAAUGUAUUUGAGAAUUCAGUUUGAAGUCUCCGGGUGAGUUUUUUUUUUUUAGAAGAAAUAACUGCAUGUGAGGAAAGAGGUUUUGUGGCGUGAUUGGGCUUAAUCAUAGAUUGGCUUUUGAACUUCUCUGAUUAUUUUCGUUCGUUGGAAUGAGGAUGAAAGGAAAUAACAGUUUUUAGCUAGGAGCGUAUUUUAGAUGAUUUUUAUAGGUCAGAUAAAUCAACCACCCGCACACAAUAUUUCAGUCAGGCUUUAUCGAUGCAGAUUAUAACUUCGAUAUAUACUUCAAAUGAUUUUAUAAAAAUGUACGAGGUAAAUUUCAUAGAUAAGACACUAAUCACCUAUUCGAUGUCCUUUAAUCAUGCAAACUCGUACCUAAACCUCACAUCAUAAAUUGACCAAAUUAUGAAAAAGUGAAACUUGUUAGCAAUACAAAACUCUGGACUAAAUAAUGAUAUAAUGGAAACCAUGAAAAGAAGCGAACAAAGGCAUAUUACGACAGUAUUUCGCCUAGUGUUUACGACUUUUGAGAUUUUUCACAAUUCGCGAAGCGGGUUACCUGUUUGAUAUUGUAAUAUCUAUAUUGUUAGCGGGAUCAAAGGAAAACAGCGCUAAUGAGGUGCGGAGAGAACGUCGCAGCGAGCGCGGUCAGUGGAGAGGGCAACGUUGAAGAUGGCGGCCAAGCAGACGACACCGAGCGCGUGGAAACAUUGUCGUCUGCAACUGAGAAUCUCAGUCCAAGGAAAAGGAGAUACAAAUUAUUUUUGAAAGUAUUACAAAAACUAAAUAUGUGUUUUCUUGUGAUAUUUAUUGGGUACUGUGCUUGGACUAUAUCUGCAAAUUAUGGUCACUCAGGGAUAAAUAAUGUCACAUGGAAUAACUCUGGAGCACAAAAUGUCACCGUAGGCCUACAGACAGAGGAUUCCAGCAACUACACAGGCAGCAGCCGAUAUAUUCCAUUUCAUUCGUCAUCAAAAGACAACCUUACAGACCCGCCAUAUCAACCGAACAUUAUCAUGCCAUCUCAUAGGAAGCAGAUGAAAAGGCGACGGAAGAAAGGUCGCAACCGGAAACGGAAACACAGAAAACAUAGAAAAAUAGUAUACAGCAGCCUAGAGGAUUAUUUGAACCUUACAAUUGAGCAUCGUAAAAAUAGAAAUGCAAAAGUGACUUGCACCGAUUGUAAAAUUAGAAAAAGAAAGGGGCGAAGAGAAAAGUACACUGCCGGGAAAAUAAGCCCAUCAAUACUAAGGCGGGUUUUAGAAAAAGUAGCAGACGAAACGUUGUCUGGUGCACGCACUGGUACCGGUACGAUAACAAGUCUGUUUGAAGACGACGUCGUGCGAAAAGAAUCUGAGCGUAGCCAGGAAGAAACUGGGUGGAGUUAUGAUCAACACUGGGUCAGUAUCACAGGGGGAGAUACCAUCAGUUUGGACGAAACCGUUUAUAAAACUGACGACAACUUUCCUGAUAAGCGAAAAACACCUUGGACAGCAUGGUCACCCUGCAGUACUACAUGCGGAGCAGGCCAACAAGAGCGCAUGCGCAAAUGUGGUACAGCGUGCACGGAAGUGGAAUCAAUGGUGUGUGUGAAUCCGCAAUGUGAAGGAUCGAGACAAGAAGAAAGUUCCAGUGCAAUAAGCGAGUUCUACAAAUGGGAGCAGGAUGGCUUCGUUCCUCCUAUGAAUUUGCCGGAGCAACAAUAUUUAGAUCCGAAUGAGGAUGUUUGCGGUAAAUGGGUAAAGUGUAACAAAAAGUUUGCUCAAGAUUUUAUCAAAAAUUCAUCUCUACCGGCUUGUCCAUGUUUCUUUCCUUUAAUACGGGUGAAAAGUAAAGACAUUUUUGACACCAGAUUAGACAGAACUAUAAAUUGGGUGGACUCCAGCAGCCACAGCGAUUUAGUUUACAAACCGGGUGCGUUUGCGUGUAUGCGGUCCUCACUUCUGCCAGGAACGGCAACUCUGGCAGUUCAGCAGUGUUGCUAUGACAGUCUAUAUACCCUUGUUACACGUGGACAAUCCGCAGGAACACCAGUGCUGAUAAGCCCAGAAAUCUCGAAGGAACUUCAUCAUAAAGUAGACUUGUUACCAUGGAUAAUAUGUAAAGGCGACUGGACAAGAUAUAAUCAGGUGUUGUCUCCUGACAACACGUUAAACUGUUACGAAAACCCAGAUGACGACAUAAUUAAAUGGCAAAGACAACAAGCACGUAACUUCUGAUUGAAUACUAAAUCUACAUGAAGAAACAAUAGAUAAUGCGAACAAACCGGCUACUGAUAUCAGCAAAUCCACAUUACGGAAAAAAGAAUGGGAAGGUGAACAAACCGGCUACUGAUAUCAGCAAAUCUACAUUACGGAAAAAAGAAUAGGAAGGUGAACAAACCGGCUACUGAUAUCAGCAAAUCCACAUUACGGAAAAAAGAAUGGGAAGGUGAACAAACCGGCUACUGAUAUCAGCAAAUCUACAUAACGGAAAAAAGAAUGGGAAGGGGACCAAAUCGGGUACUGAUAUCAGCAAAUAUACAUUGGGAAAGUGAACAAAUUGACUACUGAUGUCAGAAAAAUUCUAAGAACGUAAAAUAAAAAUUGAAUACGGAUAUCAGAAAGUCUGCAAAUUACGAAAUAAAACAAUCAUUGCAAAGUGAGCAAACUGGCUACUGAUGUCGGAAAUUCUACAUUACGAAAGAGUUGAAUAGCAAAGUGAAGGAACAUGUAUGUACUGGUAGCAACUAAUGUCACGAUAUCUAUUUGAGGAAAACUAGCGAUUUCCCCCAGUAACAUCUGAUGGAUCGAGUAGAGCUACAAAUAUCUGAGGAACUGCAACUCGAACGGAUUAAAGCACUGUGACAUUAUUUUCAUUGAAAACCAGACAUUUAAAGGUAUCUUCAGAGGUUAAUAUAUACAUGCAAAGUCAUCAAACAGGAUCGUUUCCCUCAUCCGAUAAUUUGAGAAAUGUUUGAGUUUUCACUGGUCGGUCUCAAAACAAGUUCCUUCUGAUCGUAACUAUGCAUGUGCUUAAGACUAUGCAUGUGCUUAAGUAUCCAGCUAUACACAAGACGUCUCUUCAUGUUUACUGCCGAGGGGAUUUGCGUUUCCCGCUUUGAUUUACAAAUAAAUGUCUAUUCUUUUAUAUAGUGAGUGUAUAAACUUUACAUGUUGUCAGGAACAAACAAAAAAGUGUAUGUAUAUAUAUGCCAAGAACGUUUUACGUUAAAACGUUCAAUAAUGGUCCCGCACACACAUCUUAGAACGGGUAGUGUUUUUAGCUCAAAAGUUCAUGAUGAGCUACUAGUAUAGGUUGAUGGUCGGCGUUCAUUCGUCCGUCGUUCGUCGUCCAGUGUAAACAUUUUCACUGAAACAUCUGCGCCUUUGAAACUGCUGGUCAAAAUUGCACAUCAGAGUCGGUCGUCAGAACUCAAAAUAUCCCUUAAAACCUUAAAACUUCGCUUUAUUAGAUGCAUAAAGGAUCUUAACCAAACUUUGUCUGUAGCAUCUUUAUAUUGGUCUGUGUUUCAAGUUGAUUCAAACGCUUGAAUGUUUGUAGCUGCCAGAAAACUCUUAUCAAACACGACUUCUUCUCAUGAACCGUUUCAAAAAUGUUUGCCUGUAUGGACCAGUCAUAAGUUUUUAUUUUUCAGAUGGUUCCGCUUAACCUCUAUAAGGGAUGGCCAGAGCCAAAAAUAGAAAAAAAGUCUUUGAACGACUUUUUCGCACUAGCUACUUGAUUGAUCUUCACCAAAUAUGGUCUACAGCAUUUACGUAUGAACUUUUUUAAAGCUUGUUCAAAUGGAUCCAUCUCACCCAUUAUAGGGGCCACCAGAGAUAAAAUUGAUUGUUUAAAAGAAUAUUUCUCAUGAUCCGAUUGAAUAAUGUUGGCCAAACUUGGUGAGAAGAAAGAUUUCAAGGGCAGGUCAGGUGAUCGACUCAAGGCCUCAUGGCCUUCUACUGUUCACUUUUGGUUACUUACUUCAGGGGUAGUAAUCAAACAUUCCGUAUAAACUCCCUGUUUUAUACCGAAUAUUUGUUAUUUUCAUGUUUUAUCUUGUUUUAUUAUUAAAUUGUCGUCUGAAAAUUAUUGUUGAUAUUUUGAUAUGAAGCAAUCUGUCGUUUUGUCAGACAAGCGUUUUUAUGUACG